GAAGGGACAGUGAAUGAAUAGGUGGUCUGAAGGUGUGAAAUGUUCCUCUCUUGUAUCUCUCUCCUUUAAAGAGAGAUACCAGCUCUAACAUUAUAUGUAAGAUAAGCUUGACUUGUGUCCUAGACAUUAAUCAGUGAAUGAAUUAAUAUAUUAAUUUAAUAAAGUAUUUUAUGCUUUAUACUCACUUGUAUUGUGCAUUACAUUUGUUAUAAUACUUACAGAUUGAGAAAUGUCCGAUGCUGUCUCGUGGCCAAACAACCUUGCUUGGAGGUGUGCUGAAAUGCAUCUGUGGUUUUCACACUCUAAAGCCCACUGCGUCAAACGUUACUGGACUAGCACAAAAGGUGGUGGAACAACCUCAUGCUGCUGAAACAGCAAAGAAGGUCAUGGAGCAGAGUCAGCCUGACCUCCAGCCUCAUCCCCUGCCCCAGCCCCAGCCAACUGCACCUGUGGAAGCAAGAGUUGCAACACAAUUUUCAUUGUUUACCAAAUCAAGAUUUACCGGGUCUCACAUUGCUGCAGCAAAGCCAAAUCUCAGUUUGGCCAGGAGAACUUCUCAGGCUGAAGACCAGCCCAGCGCAGCAGUGUCUAGUGCCUCUAGACCAAGCACUACAGUCUCUACACCAGAUCCUACAGUUCCAACCCCUGUCCCCAGAGCCACUGCAGAUGUGUCCAAUCCCGCUCAGCCAUGCAGGACCGUCUCUACUGCUCCUUCUGGGGCAUUAUUGCAAGGUCCAUCUGUAGUUCAACUUCCUCGUUUGUGGUCUGAGACCAUACCACCAGAGGAUCACAAGUGGAUUGGCAAAAGGCUUUUCAAAAUUGGAUCCAAAGGAAAGCCAGCACUUCGUGAUGACCUCCAGCUCUGGUAUUACCCCCCACAACCAGCACUUAUUUACAAUCAGGCUCCAGCUCCAGACAGAUUCUUUUGUCAUACUCUUCUGCUGUGGAUGCCAUACAAGCUGUGGAGGGUUAAGGUUCUCUGUCCCAAUCCAGCCUGCGGACAACAUCAGCUGACAGGAGGUGGUCUGCACAAAAGGGCACGGCAGGUUCUAGACAUUGACAGAACAUACAAUAUGGUCACAGAAACCCUUAUCUGUACAAAGUGUAGAGCCUCGCAUGUGUCCUGGAGUCAGACUGUCCUGCAACAGCUAGAUCUGGGCCAUCGCUCUGAGUUUCAGGUCAUCCUCACGCGGAAGUACGCCUGUGAUAUGCGGGUCAUCAGGCUCUUGCGUGAGCGUGGCUUAGGCAAUAGUCCCACUAGGGUGAUAAAGCAGCUGCGUGAAAACCACAGCGAGCAGUGGCUCCAUCGUCUGGCCCGGUACACCACCCAAUGUGUUGACUUCCUCAAUCAACCCGGGGUGAUGCCAGUAAAUUUCCAGGAGCCCCCAGAGCCUACGGUGGUGCCAAGCUGCAAGUGGUUGCUCACCGUUUACAGCCAAGACAUUCUAACCAGGCUGGAUGAAAUCCAUGCCAGAAUAACAUCCACCUAUGGCUCUGUCUUGAAGAUGGAUUCUACUAAAAAGAUCACCAAGAAGCUGGCUGGGACAGCGAGGGGAACGGGACUCUGGCUUACCUCUGUUGGCAACGAGUUUGGUCAGGUGCUCAUAAGUGUGCUGACAGCCCAGGAAGGAGCAGGACUUGACAUGAUGGUAGACGGUCUGGUGAAAAGAUACCAGCAGGCUGGUGUAAAUCCACCUUCUGUGUUGUACGUGGACUGUGGGUGCUGCAGUGAGGUGAGCGAGAGCAAGCUGAAAACCAGGUUUAGGGGCUGGCCAGAUCUCAUGAUACGCUUGGACAUCUGGCAUUUUAUGCGCAGGAUUGCCUUGGGGUGUACAACUGAUGCCCAUCAGUUGUACCCCAUUUUCAUGUCACGGCUAUCAGCAUGCAUCUUUGAAUGGGAUGCAGCUGACGUCUCUAUCCUUCGCAAAGCAAAGAGAGAGCUGUUGAUGUCCCAGGGUUGGCCUGCGCUGACAGAUGAAGAUGUAAACAAGCAUCUGACCAGGGAGGAGCUGGCUCUACAUUGCCGGAGGAGGACCCGUGGAGAGGAGACUACCAUCCUUCUCCUUGAACAACUGCUUACAGAACUCCUGAGCAGCAAGGGAAAUGACUCUCUGGGGGUUCCUCUCUUGGAUCGAGAAAGGAUGGAGCACAUCUGGUGUGUCCAAAAGAAGCACAUCAAGUGUAUCCAAGACCCUCUUGGUGUUGCCCUCUAUACUGAGACCGGGAGCCUAACCAAGGGAGGUGUGCUUCUGAAGACUUACAGAUGUGCCAGAGGCUCCACUUCUCUUGAAUCCUUUCAUUUACACCUUAACCGUUUCAUCCCAGGGACCAGUGCAAACAGUCUGAACUUUCAGAUUUAUUUGUUGGAGGGUCUACACAGGUGGAACCAGGAUCGGGAGGCAGCUUCCAUGUCAUCUGAGCCAUCAGCUUUACGCAGCUACACAGGAGAACUUGUUCACUGUGUAAACAGCAAUUAUGAAAAGCUGUUUGGCAGGAAAGUGGUCCCCACGUUUUGUCCCCCUGCACGUUACACCGGUGAGCUCAUUGGAGUGCAGUAUCUAUUCCAGCAGACUGGUCAGGCACUGCAGGACAUGAACCCAGACUCUGAAGAGACGGCAGAGCUCAUCGAGGAACUUAAUGUGGAGGAGCGAGAUGAAGAUGAGGGCUUCUGUGAUGUCAGCGAGGAUCACACAAUUGCAGAUCCCGAGGAUGUUCUGUCACCUCCCUCCUCCACUCUGACACUGGGUUCUUCCACCGUGGUCACCAGCAGUGACACGGCUGUACUGGGUUCCACAUCCCCUUCACUGGUCCCUGAUCCUACACCUGCUCCUUCAUCACCUGGACCCUCGGGGACUGCUGUGCCACCUUUUCCCUCUGAAACAUCUGUUUCACCACUCUCCUCAGAGCCAGAGGAUGCUGGUCAGGAUGAUGAUGACGAUGAAGAGACUGCUGUUGACUACCAAAAUGUCCCGGGAUACCAACAUGUGGACAAGCUGGCCGAAUAUCUGGUGGAGCUCCGGGGUCACACAGCCCUUAGCCUGACCAAUCAGGAAGCCAGCACCAUAAUUGAACUUUGGCAGAACCUGGCUGACCAGGACAAGCAACGGGUGGUGUAUGCAGCUAGACACCAGAAGAGACUGCUGAGUGGACGCUUCAGAGUACCAAAGAGGCCCACUAAAACCCCAGGAGUAGAGAGCACCAUCAGAAGUGUGCUGGGAGCAAGCAGCGCACCUGCUCAGUGGCCUGACUGUUGCCGUCUGGUGGAAACCAUCUUCAUCAGGCUUUGCAACACCCACCCAAGCCCCAAGAGAAAAGGCAAGGGAACGCUGUCGAGAUGGUCUCUAAUCCUCCAGGAUUACAGGAGGAUAAGGCAGCUUGUACUGGGCAACAGCUUGGUGAUGGGAGGAACCUCAAUGCAGCUGGUGGAGGUUAACCAGAAUACCCUGAUUCAGUGGUAUAACAACAGACAGAAAAAGCAGGAACUGUCUGUGCUGAUUCAGGGCAUUCAGUUGCCUCAGCCCCUCCCUGAAGCUCAGGAACCUCUCCAGGCUGCCAAACGCCUACGGACUGAGCCAGAACAAUCAGGGGAGCAGCACCAGUACAAGCUACCAGAGAGCACAGCAGGUCAGGCAAAACAGAGGCACACCUCUACUGGGCGACCUCCUCUCAGACCCAAGGCACCAACACAGACUACUAUGUUGGUUACGCCAUCAGCACCUGGAGCAUCAGUGCAGAUGGUACCCAAUAUACUUAUACCUGCAGCACCAGGUUUCCCGGGUGUGCCAAUGCUUCAGAGUGUGCCAAUGUUCCAGGGCAUGCCAAUGGCUCAAAGACUGCCAAUGGUCCAGGGCAUGCAAAUGGUCCAGGGCAUGCCAAUGGUCCAGAGGAUGCCAAUGGUUCAGGGAAUGCCAAUGGUUCAGGGAAUCCCGAUGGUCCAGGGAAUGCCAGUGGUUCAGGGGAUGCCACUGUUACAUCCUACAGUUGUGCAGGGCACAAGUUCACAACCAGCUGCCAAUCCCCAAACCAUGCCUAAGAGACCCUACAAGAGAACUGUAGAGGCGAACACUUGCAAGAAAUGCGGACAUUUCAAAACCAGUGCAACAGGACAUAGCCAGUACAGGGGCAAAGUAUACUGCCCACAGUCUGAAACUGUUACAAAAGAACAGUGGUUAGAGGAAAUGCGGAGAACUGUUCCCAAAUAAUGUAUAUAUUUUUAUUUAUUGUAGUGUGUAUAUAGUUGUUUAAAUAUAGUUCACUAUAGUUAAUAUUUGUGUUGAACAUUAUUUAAUAUUUUAUUUACUGCUUUUUAAAAACCUAU